AUGUCACCACCAUUCAUUGUUUUCCUCAUUUGGCGAAACCUCGCCUCCAUGCGCGUAGCAUUUGCGCCAUUUGCCCUAGGAGACACCGGCUGUCUCGGCAAAGCAAUGGCUUACCACGAGACUAGUCUCGCAAUCGCGAAAACUUUAUGGUAUUUUGAUUUUGAAAAGGUACCAGGCGAAGCUGGCAAGUUCGGUGAAGGACAGCCAAGAAAUAUGAAUGGGAGAGAGAGGGUAGAUGAGUAUCAAUUAUUAGAUCUUGCGGUUGCGGAUCAAGAUGGUCCGAAUUUGGUGUUUGCUCCAAGAGAGGAGUAUUGGCGGGAACUGAGCGAUGAAGGUUCGAAGGUGUAG